CUGACUUGGGGGUGCCAUUAGGAAGAGUAGAUAGAGACCAAGGACUGGCAAAGAUGAUGGUGCUGAGAGUACAAGAUCUGGUGACAGGGAAGAAGAAUGAUAGCCGAGAGACCAGGGAUUUCCUCCCAGAGGACUUCAGAAAUGGAGAAUACGAAGCUGCUGUUACAUUGGAGAAGCAAGAGGACCUGAAGACACUUCCAAGACACUCAUUGAACUGGGAAAGUCAAACCUUACAAAAUGAGAAACAGCGAGAAGCGGAGCUCAAGAAGAAAAAACUGGAACAAAGAUCAAAGCUUGAAAAUUUACAAGAUCUGGAAACUAUCAUUCAACUAAAGAAAAGAAAAAAAUACAAGAAAGUCAAAGUCCCAGUUUUAAAGGAGCCCGAACCAGAAAUUAUAACGGAACCUGUGGACACGCAGAGAUUUCUGAAGGCUGCUCUGGAGAACAAGCUGCCAGUCGUUGAAAAAUACUUGUCUGAUAAAAAGGAUCCAGAUGCAUGUGAUGAGUACAAACGGACAGCUCUUCACCGAGCAUGCUCUCAAGGACAUUUGGCCAUCGUAGAGAAGUUAGUGAAUACUGGAGCCAACAUCGAAUUCCGUGAUAUGCUUGAGUCCACUGCUGUUCACUGGGCAUGUCGUGGUGGGAACUUGGAUGUUCUGAAGUUCUUGCUAAACAAAGGAGCAAAAGUCAAUGCUCGAGAUAAGCUGCUCAGUACCCCUCUACAUGUGGCCGUGAGAACUGGCCGGUACGAGUGUGGGGAGCAUCUCAUUGCCUGUGAAGCAGAUUUAAACGCCAAAGACAGGGAAGGAGACACACCUCUGCAUGAUGCUGUGAGGCUGAACCGUUACAAAAUGAUAAGACUGCUGAUUAUGUAUGGAGCAAAUCUCAAUGUCAAGAAUUGUGAUGGGAAAACCCCAAUGGAUCUCGUUCUUCAGUGGCAGAACGGCACGAAGGCGAUAUUUGACAGUCUUAAAGAGAACUCGUACAAAACCUCUCGCAUAUCCAUAUUCUAAGAGCUGUCAGACCGUUGAGGGGAGGGACCCCUCGGAAACCUAUUUCACCUUACGUAUCCGGUUCUAAAGAGGUGUUUAGUGAAAAUGCUAAAAUGUGAACAAGAUGCACCAACAGAAUUUGAAAAAAACAAAAAACAAAAAACAGAAACAUGUAAAAAUUCCAUGUAGGUCAAUGUGAAUUUGCUUUAUUUAUUUUUCUUAUUUAUUCCUAUUUAUUUAUUUGGUUGCUAGUGAGAGCCACAGAUUUUAAAAUCGCUGCUGUAGUGGUCAAAGUUUAAUUAUUGUGUACGAUUUCCAGAGAGUUCCGGUCCAUCAUUGUUAAAUCUAAUUAGCCGGCAGUAUUACAAAUGCCCAUUGAUAUUAGACAGUGGCCAUUUUCCUGGCCAACAUGAGUGUAAGGAACUUAAAGGCGGGCAUUGUGGUCUGUUUUUCUCUCCUGAAGUUUUGCUGCUGGCGCUAGAAUCAGCAAAAAAGACAGAGAAAGAAGGCUGGCGGAAAAGGAAAAGGAAAGUGAUUAAAGGUCUAAGAAUAUUCAAAGUCAAGGACGCCGUUUUGCUCCUGGGACUGGCCGGACUGGUAUUCUGAGCAAGCCCAGGGGUUCUGGAGGGAGAUCAGGAGAGGGCUGCAUUCAGAAAUUGUUGUGAAUGUGAGCAUCAGGCAGGGGAAGGGAACAAAGCCAACGUGUCGUAAUACGCAGGGAAUGCAACGCAAACCUAGAGAGAGUGCACCCGGAUUGUAAAUUUGUAAAUUUCUGUUGCUUUGUAUGUACAUUUUGUAUUCGUAAUUAAAACA